GUCCGGCCCCGCGCCACGCGGGCCGGCGGCGCCACCAGCGCCGCCGCCGUGCUCAGCACUGCAAGGAGACGCAUGUUGCAGCUGUGGCGUCCUCUCUCUGCAAAGGGUCAAGCUUGGGUUGUUGGCUGCGGAGCAGAUAAGUCGCAAUGCCCCGCGUACGGAUGCGUAGCCGCUAUGGCUACAGUUGUAGUCAAGUCUCCGCCAAGGAGGCACAAGCUACUCUCUCUCUCGUCUCUG